AUGGUCAGCGCCACGCUGCAAAACGUCACAGUUCCCACCUUAUCGCAUACCCCCAAAUCUGUAGUGUGCCCGAGCUCCACUGUAGCAAACACAGAGACACAGGCCAACAUGCAGAGUGAAACGGCCCUGGGUGGACAUGUGCAGGGUAGAACAACUUGGACACGUGUUGAAUGGAGUGACCUUGACUGGUGGUCGAUGGAUAGCGGCCUGAAAUCUAUCCUGACCGUCCACUUUCGACUCCAGGCAAAAGCAACUCCAGCUUACAUACAUUUGGAGCCUGUUAUCGGCACACACAAGGAACACCCCGAAGUUGAGCCCCACUCAUGA